CGAGAACGUCCGAAGGAGCCUGGUGGAAUGGGCCAAAAUUGCAGUUUGAACAUAUAAACCAAAUGGGUGUUUUUUCUACGAACUAUACGAGAGCUACCUAGGAGCGAGGUCGCUUUAUAUUACUCCAUAAUCGCACUUGAUAAAUGAAGAAGUUCUUUCAAAAAUGAAGAAUACCCCUAUUCUCGCCUAAAGCAGUUAGCGCGCGGCUGGCCAUUAAUCCGCAUACGGAAUGUUCACACAGGACAAGUUGGACAACCCCACAUCCAAAUCCAACCCCUCCGACCUCAUACACGAUUCAAGAUGGGCAACGCCAGCAGCGCGGUGUUGGAUAACAUUGUGCAAGGGUCCAACUUCGAUCGAGAUGAGGUGGAGAGAAUCCGCAAGCGGUUCAUGAAGCUGGACAAGGACAACUCCGGCACCAUCGAGCGCGAGGAGUUCCUCAGUCUUCCCCAGAUAGCUUCGAACCCCCUCGCAACACGAAUGAUAGCAAUAUUCGACGAAGACGGGGGCGGCGAUGUCGAUUUCCAAGAGUUCGUCUCGGGGUUAAGUGCAUUCUCGAGCAAGGGCAACAAGGAGCAGAAGCUACGAUUCGCAUUCAAGGUCUACGAUAUCGAUCGCGAUGGGUAUAUCAGCAACGGGGAGCUCUUCAUCGUGCUGAAGAUGAUGGUCGGCAGCAACCUGAAGGAUCAGCAGUUGCAGCAGAUUGUGGACAAGACAAUCAUGGAGGCAGAUCUGGAUCGCGAUGGGAAGAUUAGCUUCGAGGAGUUCACAAAGAUGGUGGAGAAUACGGAUGUUAGCAUGAGCAUGACUUUAGGUGAGUCGUUUUCUCGCGCAGAGGGUUUUGGAAUAGUUUGGUGCUGACGAUAUGCAGAAUUCUAAUAUCGCCCCACGAGAGAAUCCCAAAAAUCACGAUAUAACGGCCGUCGUUUUGUUAAGGUUGGGGGACUAGAUUACUCGGAUGUCCUUCAAAAGCCUCAAGGGUUGAGUUGAGAUGACUGUUUGGACGGUCUCUGGUCUCAGAGGCUACCCCAUGAGAAGAAAUGCAAUAGUGUUGCACAUUUCCUGGCUCUUUUUGCCCGUGUUCCUUGCUCGUACUCGAGCUUGGUCUGUAUCCGAAGUAUGG